UGAGUGAAUGGGGUGGCGCACAUGUUCUGAAGGUGAUCUUUGUCGCUGCUCGCACCCCACGUAUGGAAUCAAUCAGCCCCAACACUUCAUCUCGACAUGACAUCUUUCAUGCACCAACAGUGCCUUUCUCGGAUACAUCAAAAGUUAAUGCUGGGCAUGAUUUCAUUAUUCAGGUCUCAUGCAGAAUUGCAACUGCAUGCGAAAUCCACCCGCUCCCGAAGGAAGGAACCUGAAGCCCAAGCCCAAGCACGCUUGUUCUGUAAUCUCUUUUCCCCCCACACUCAUAAAUGAUUGAUCAGUAAUGAAGCCCCCGGAAUGAGGAAACCAAACUCGAAAGAAGGCUUUGGGAGCUGCCGGGAAUCGGAAGGGCGGACAUAAGUUUGCACGAAUUUGGGCACUUUUCGGAUCGGAAGUAGGACAGAGGACAAACGGAAUUCCACCACCAAAAGUGCUCUCGGUUCCAUCAUUCACAUGAGCAGGAACGUGGUAAUGAGGGAGGAAGUGGAUGCCUCCGAGGUCGAAUUCACUGUUCUACCGAAUUUCGUGAAUUAGGCGUCAAUGAGGGAACGUCAACAAUGCGCGCACAGAGAUUUGAGAAAAGUCAGAAAGCGGUGAAGAUCUAGCGCACGCAGACGAGGCAGCAGCGGGGGAAGCAGCCGCUGCUGGGCUCGUCACACAGAAUCCGAGCGUUCAGGCCUUUAGUCGGAAAGCGAUGGCGCGAGAGUCCAAUAAUGGCCGAGAGCUAAAAGGCCAAAUGAUGCGAAAUUCUCCGGUGAACAUUGUCAGCAUGAUUCUGUACUGUACUAUGAUGUACCUUCGUCAUACAUACGCCGUACACACUCGUGCCUCGAGCUCAUACGAAGUCCAGGAUGCAAAGUUACGCUCGCUGCUCUUGGGGGUAGUCCAGCUAGCCACCCCAUCGUACCCCGUGAGUCGUGACGACGGGGGACACCGGGCCAUGGAUUCAUUCGGCGCAGGACUUCGGUCGCUUCCGGGCCCAUUCGUCGCGGGACGGGGGACGCGCCUCUCCGCCCCAAGGUCGCUAACAGAAGGCUGCGACGGCCGACUGAGGCCCGGCUACGUCCUUAAUCCGGGGGGUGGGGGUGGGGCUAAGACUCCUCCUGGCCGCCUGACAAUUUCGGGGCGUACCGCUUGCCCGCCCGCCCGGUCCGAUUCAAAUCCUCCUCUUGUCCUCCAGGACGCACCUUUAACGGAAGCGAGGCACCAAGCGACGAUGGGGAAGGCGUGGAUGCGGGACGGGGCCCCCGGGGGGCCUGACGCAAUGUGGUCGGACGGUCUCGGACCCGUCUCCUCAGAGGAGCGUCAGGGGCUGUUGCGCGGGGAACAGGGCUAUUCCGUUCAUCGGGGGUUGUCUCAAUUCGAGCGCAUAGACAGAAGCCUUGUCCCGCAGGUACAGGGGGAUACACGAUGGACAUGCGGCAUGUUCCCCUGGCUGGGGUUGGGGCUGGGGCUGGGUCUGGGAGGGUUCGAGCAUAACGGAAAUAGCCGGGGGGUGGGGGUGGGGCAGUACACUGGACGCACUCACCUCCGAAGAUUCCAGCGGACCAUUGCACUCGAUUCCUCCCCAACUCGGGAAUAUUCCCCCGAGCAGUACGUGGUUAGCACGAUUCUGUCUGAACCUCUGCGCCACGUCUCAACACGGAACUCCGUCGCUCUUCCCGACCAGAGCCGUGGGCACUGGAGGAUACCGGUUACCGGUCAACUGUAA